AUGGGGUCGAUGAGGCGCAGACGGCUCUGGUUUAAAUGCAUAGUGGUGUGGAUUUGUCUGGCAGAGGUGGUUUGCCUUGGGGCACGGGUGUUCCUUUCAUCUGCGGAGAGUCACGGCGAGGGUAGGACAAAGGCAUCUGCGGGAGUUUCUCCUGCUGCAGCGACGCCACCAUCGCAGGUGCCACGUAAUGUGGUAGUGACGUGUACACCCGCCCUCCGCAACAACAGCGACACAGAUUCUACAGUGAAUGGAGUUGUACUGUUUCUUGCGGGGAAGAAAGAACCCUUUUUUUUGUCAAGGGCACUUCCCCUGCUGGAGGCGCACUUCCUUGCGCAUUUCUCGUAUCCAGUGCACAUUUUCCAUGAAAACAUGUCAGAGGAGUGGCAAGCGGCCAUACGAGGCGUGCUGCCGUCGGCCCGUUGGGUGAGCUUUGAGGACGUGGGAAGGUUCUGGCGUGAGUUGCCGGAUGGUGUGACGGAAGAGCAGCUUGCAGCCUGGAUGCGUACGCCGUCACAGCGAAGAUACCAAGGGCGUGGAUAUCGCAUCAUGUGCCGUUUUUGGGCCGGACUUGUGUGGCGACUGCCUUCCUUAGACACCUAUGAGUAUUACUGGAGGCUGGACACGGAUUCGUACUUGACGUCACAUGUUCCUUGUGACGUAUUUAAGUUGAUGCGAGUCAACCACUGCGUGUACGGCUAUAGACGCAUUCGUGGUGAAAAUCCACGUGUUGUGUGGGAGCUUUGGCCAACAUUUCUGAGGUGGGCCAAGGUGACCCUGUCUUCCGCGGAGUUAGCGGGGGUAACAGAGUUCGCUUUAAAUACCAGUACAAAAGACUACGAAGGAGUUAUGUAUUACAACAAUUUUGAACUUGGCACGAUGAAAUUGAAACGCCAUCCGCUGUAUAGUUCCAUCUUCCAUUUCUUGGACACGGAGGAGCCACGUGGUAUCAUGCGAUAUCGCUGGGGUGAUGCGCCGAUCCACACACUUGCCGUGGAAACGGUGAUGCAGCAUGAGGGCUGGAAAAAGUGCCAAUUUGAUCAACGUUUUGCCGGAUACAUGCAUGGGAAAAAAUAG